AUGGUCACCACUAUCUCUGAAAACUUCUACAGAGCUUACCUCCCUCACUUGCCACUCCACCAAAUUAGCUCAUUACUAGAGGUGCAUGGAGCUGGGGGAGCCAAGCUACCCUAUUUGGGGUAUGUUGAGGCUACGAUUGCUAUACCCCCUGACUUCAUGGGUCAAGUAGUGGAGGUACCCGCACUCAUUCUUGUGGUGCCCACUACCGACUUCACCUCUAAGGUACCUCUUAUCCUGGGGACCAAUGUCCUGCGUGCUGCUUGUGAAAGCAACCCUGGUGACAGGGUAUCUGGGAGUUCUUCUCCUUGGACCAUGGCUUUUCAGUGGCUCAGUAGGCGUUGGAAUGACCUGAACCAAACUGAGAAUGUGCGGACAACUAAAUCUAUAACCAUACCCCCGUCUUGCAACCAGAUUAUAACAGGUAUUUGCAGGGGUAGUGCUCCACAGAUUGGUAUGGAGUUUUGUGCCACACAGUCCGUUCUUCCUGGUUCACUUACCCUCGUUACUGGUGUUGUUGGGUUUCAGUCUACCCACUCAACAACACGGGUCAAGGUUGAGGUCGCUAACCCGUCCACCAAGGCUGUUACAAUUCCAGCCAAAACAGUACUUUGUCAUUUGGAACAAGUUGCUGUGUUGGACGGCUUAUCCCCUGAGGAUGGCGUCAGUAAUACUGGCUCUGUACCUACCAAACUACCAAAAGAGUUAUUUGAACUGGACUCUCUGGGUGAUAAUCACACUCCAGAUGAAAGAACUCAAUUGCGCUCUCUACUGAAUGAGUUUGACGAUGUGUUUAGCAAGUCUGAUAUGGACAUGGGACAUACUGACUUGGUCACCCAUCGAAUAGAACUCACAGAUGAGACUCCAUUUAAGGAAAGACAUAGACGUAUUCCGCCCUCUAUGUAUCAAGAGGUCAAGGACCAUAUAAAGCAGAUGUUAGAUGCUAAAGUUAUCCGUCCAUCUGCUAGUCCAUAUGCCUCGCCUGUUGUCCUGGUUCGCAAACAUGACUUGAGUCUGCGCUUCUGUAUUGACUAUAGAAAAUUGAACAGUCGCACAAUUCGAGAUUCAUAUGCUCUACCAAGGAUAGAGGAAACUCUUGAUACAAUAACCGGGAAAAUACUUCUCUUGUCUUGA